GAGCGUAGCCACGCGUGUUGUCGUGUUCGUGUUGAGCGUGCCACGUAGCCACAGGGAGGCGCCCGGUAACGAGGCGGUCCAGCCGUCCGCUGUCGUCCGACUCCGGAUGGGCAGCGCCUCAGGCGAUGGUGAGAUGAGUAUAAAACAGCGAGCGCCGAACGGUGACAGACACAGCUCAAGUCGCAGCUACCUCCUCAGCAUCAACAUGAAGCUCCUGGUUCUCCUGGCCGUGCUGGGCGCCGCUUCGGCCCAGUACCAGCUGUACACUGGCGCGUGGCCGUACACCGGGUACAACGCCCCGCUGGCGUACAACGCGUACCACGCGCCCAUCACCACGUACGCCGCCCAUCCCUUCGUCUACAAUGGCCUGCCGUACUCGUUCAAGCCCGUCGAGAAGGAGGAGCCCGCUGUUGAGUCCCGCUCCAAGCGUUCGGCCGAUGAGGACCAGAAGGCUGAUGACGCCACCCUGAUCUCCACCUACGCCGCCCACCCCUUCGGCUACACGGCCGGGUACCCGUACGUCUACAACACGUACCCGACCGUGUACAACAGCGCUUACAACUACCCCACCACGUACGCCUACAAUGGCUACAACGCCUACCACUCCUACACCCCGUUCGUGCACUCGCUGAAGAAGCGCGAUACCGCUGAGGCGGACCAGAAGGCUGACGACGCCACCCUGAUCUCCACCUACGCUGCCCACCCCAUCGGCUACCCGUACGCCAACGCCGCCUACGCCACACCCUAUGCGUUCCGCAGCGUGUACAACACCCCGGCCAGCACCCACCCCAUCACCUACAACGCCUUCCCCUACGGCUACCGCUCCUAUGUCUACUAGAUAAUGACGAUGCCGAGGAGGUAAUGCGACAUGAGCUGUACUCUUGUUUGUCAUUGCACUGAGCUUGGACACUUGUGCCUGCCAUUGCAAUGAACUCGGGAACUUGUGCCCGCCUGUGCCCUGAGGAACUGCUUGUCUGCGGGCCUGUCUACGUACAAGACGUGGAGACUUGUGCCUGCUCUUGCAAUGGACGUGGAAACUUGUGCCUGUUUUUGGUCUGACCAAUUGUACUCAAUGUCUGCGACAAGUACACGCCGGAAUUGAAACUCGCUUUCAUUGAUUACAUUGCAGCUGGAGGUAGAGGCAUGAAACUAUGUCUGGUUGUGGUUGUAACAUGUGAAGUGCAUUUCAUUUUUUUUUUUGUCUGCUUAUCGCGGUCAAUAAAUGUUAA